GGGAGAUUCGUCCUCCCCGGGGGACGCGUGUGUGGAUACCAUGGCAGACUACUUGAUCAGCGGUGGUACUGGAUAUGUUCCAGAAGAUGGUCUUACUGCUCAACAGCUUUUUGCAGUUUCAGAUGGACUUACAUACAAAUCAAAAUAAAUAAGUGUAAUUCUGUCACGGUUGCCUGCAUGUUUUGACGAUAAUGGAGCAAGACAGUAGAGCCAGCAGUGAGGUUACACCACCAGCUUUGUUACUAAAGAAUCCAGAAUGUGACUUUUUGAUUCUUCCUGGAUUUAUUGAUUUCACCGCAGAUGAAGUGGACCUGACUUCUGCAUUAACACGUAAGAUAACUUUGAAGACCCCUUUGAUCUCCUCUCCUAUGGACACAGUGACUGAAUCUGAUAUGGCUAUUGCAAUGGCGCUGAUGGGAGGUAUAGGGAUUAUUCACCACAACUGCACACCAGAGUUUCAAGCCAAUGAAGUCCGUAAGGUCAAGAAAUUUGAACAAGGAUUUAUUACUGAUCCAGUUGUUAUGAGUCCCAGCCACACUGUGGGGGACGUGUUUGAAGCUAAAAACAGACAUGGAUUUUCAGGCAUCCCAGUGACAGAAACUGGAAAAAUGGGCAGCAAAUUAGUGGGAAUUGUGACUUCAAGAGACAUUGAUUUCUUGACAGAAAAGGACUACACCACAUACUUGAGUGAGGUAAUGACCAAACGUGAUGAACUGGUUGUCGCUCCAUCAGGAGUCACUCUGAAAGAAGCAAAUGAAAUCUUACAACGUAGUAAGAAAGGAAAACUGCCAAUAGUGAAUGACAGCGAUGAGCUUGUGGCAAUUAUUGCCAGGACUGACUUAAAGAAGAACAGAGACUACCCUCUUGCAUCAAAGGACUGCAGAAAGCAGCUACUGUGUGGUGCUGCAAUUGGAACCAGAGAAGAUGACAAAUAUCGACUUGAUCUUCUCAUGCAAGCUGGAGUUGAUGUUGUUGUCCUGGAUUCCUCACAGGGUAAUUCUGUGUAUCAGAUAAAUAUGAUCCAUUACAUCAAACAAAAAUAUCCUGAUCUACAAGUGGCUGGUGGAAAUGUGGUGACUGCAGCACAAGCAAAGAAUCUCAUUGAUGCUGGUGUUGAUGCCCUGCGUGUAGGGAUGGGUUGUGGAUCAAUUUGUAUUACCCAGGAAGUUAUGGCCUGUGGAAGACCCCAGGGAACCGCAGUAUACAAAGUUGCGGAGUAUGCACGCAGAUUUGGCGUUCCAGUUAUAGCAGACGGUGGAAUUCAGACAGUAGGACAUGUUGUAAAAGCCUUGGCUCUUGGAGCUUCUACAGUGAUGAUGGGUUCCUUGUUGGCUGCAACCACAGAAGCACCUGGUGAAUAUUUCUUUUCUGAUGGUGUGAGGCUGAAGAAAUACAGAGGAAUGGGCUCACUGGAUGCCAUGGAGAAAAAUACCAGUAGCCAAAAAAGAUAUUUCAGUGAAGGGGACAAGGUGAAAGUGGCUCAAGGUGUAUCUGGUUCCAUUCAGGACAAAGGGUCCAUCCAUAAAUUUGCACCAUACCUAAUUGCAGGAAUUCAACAUGGCUGUCAAGAUAUAGGAGCCAAAAGUCUUUCUAUCUUACGGUCCAUGAUGUAUUCUGGAGAACUCAAACUGGAAAAGAGAACAAUGUCAGCCCAAGUGGAAGGUGGUGUCCAUGGUCUCCAUUCAUAUACAUUUCUGCCAUUUACGAGAAGCGGCUAUACUGAAACAGGGAGACGUAGCCAUCGCCAGUCUACUCCCAACAUCCCGACUCUGGUCCCGACCAAACCCACGUGAUGCUUUGAAGAGUUCCUUCUCCGUUCCCCAAAGUUCUUCGCCUUUUCCCUUGUUCCUAUGAUGCAGGAAAUCCAAAUCGGCAAUGUUUACCUACUUACUGCGUGGCAUGGUAUUUGCACUAAGGACACCAUUUCUGUGUGUGAACAAGAGACUUUUAAUGAAUGGAACACCUAACUACUGCCAUGCUGACAUUCUUGUUGUUUGUUUUCAUAGAUUAGCAACUCUAAUAAUUGUUACAUUUGCAGCACCUGCUUGCAUUCCAUUGUGUGUAUUUGUAUAUAUACAUUGACCAUUGACAUUAAGCCCUUUCGUAAAGACUUAAAAGAAAAAACAGGGCUAUUGGUUGGUUGCAAUAGACAGACACAAUGUGAAACUUCUCACACUCCUAAUGUGAAGUAUUGGAAGUGAUACAGUACAAUAAUGCUGACAAUCUGCUGCCGUUAUUUCCCUAGAUUUUUGUGUUCUGGCUUCAGAAUGUCAAAAAGAAUAAUCUCUUGCAAUAUAGUAUAACAGAGAUAGGCAAGAGUGUCCUAUAGUAUGCACCAGUGGUGGUAAUCUAUCCCUUAAAGGGAAUCAGUCAGCAUUUUUAGUUCAAUGUAGAGGAUAGGGAGAGGAGGAAAAACCAUACCUAAGGUUUUGAUCAUGCAGAUUGUAGGACUGUGAAUAUAAGGUCUGCCUCAGUGCACAAAACUUUGAGCAAUGAAAUCUGUCUCUUUGCCUCUUCUCGGCUCUGAGCGGCAGCUCCUGAUGGGAUGCUAAAGCUGUCACUCAGACCUGAAAAAGGCCUGGAAAGCACCCUGUACACAUGGCUAUGGUCGGCGCACAUGCCUAUGGCCACUGCAUGUUGAAGAGUCUGCCUCCUGAGCACUCACAGUAGUGGUGUUCAGGACACUAAGGCUAUGUUUACACUGUGGAUUGCCCACAUGGAAAAUCUCUGUGCGGACAUUCCACUGACACCUGAGUGCUGUCAGAACAUGUCGGAGCUAGGACCACUUGAAAAUGCACUGUAUAAUAGAUGCAAUGCAUUUCUGUGCAGACUCCACAGAAACAUUGAACAUGUUAAAUUUUUCUGCGGAAUCAGGAUGUCCAUGCCAGAAACAUCUGCCGUGGUAAUUCUGCCGUCUGCACAGUGCAGCAGAAUCCCGUUAAAAUCAAUGGGAAUCUUCUGCUGAGGGAUCUCCAUAUGGAAUUCCGCACAAAAAUUCUGCCGUGUGAAUAUACCUGAAGUAGUUUUAUCUCCUUUCCCCAGUUUCUAUAUAGGGAUUCCACGACUAAUUGUAUGUGUUUCUUGUUUAACCAGUCAUUAUUUUGGAGUUGUGCAGCAGGGACUGUACACAGAUCAGCUGUAAAUUUUCACACCCUUGGUAUCUUUACUCAUACCUGGAAUAUGUUUUAAAUGAAUGUUACACAUUAGAGAUGAACUCUUUUAAGAAAGACCUAUAAGAAACCGUUUCACUGCAUAUUUUGUUUUUCUUAACGUUUCAAUUCCUUACAUCUAGUGAAUUGUGAGCAAUAUAUAUAUUUAUUACCAUGUCAUUAAGCUGAUAAACAUCAAGCAAUAAAUCUGAGCUUCGCCUGCCAGUGUCUUCUGAUAUAUACUGUGUUUCUUGAAUUAACUGUCUUUAUAGUAUGAGUCAAAAAAAAUAAUAAUCUCAUUUGACCCUGAAGUGGUCAAACUUGUUGAUUUGUACAUUUUCUCUGGAGUGAAGAAAAAAUAUGUAAAUUCCUUUUUUUUUUUUUUUUUUUUUUUUUUUUUUUGGUUAGGAGCAGUAUCCUAGGAACCUUUUUUUAAGGAUUUUAUUACAUACUACACUUUUUGCUGCAGCUUUGAAGUCAAAACCAGGUGUGGAUCAAAAUGAAUCCGACAACAUAAAGAACAGAUUCUACUUUCAACUUUUUUUUAAUCCACUCCUGGUGUGAAAUUGAUUCAAAAAGAAAAAAGCAGCAACUGUUUUUAUAGAUUAUCCAAUUCAUUGUGCUCUAUAUCUAGUUUUGACUUGAAAGCUGCAGCAAAAAAGAGCAGAAUGUAAGAGUACCCUAAAUGUAGGUUCUUGUGUGUUUACAUAUGCUGAAGGACAUGUCAUGCAUGCUUUCAUUUGUUAUUCCAAAAAAGUGUAUGUAAAGUAGACUACAGAACUAUAAAAAAGUGUAAAUGACAGUUGGAUAAAGAAGAAAUUAUGAAUAUAUAAAUAUAUAUAUAAAUAUAAUAUUAUAUUGAACAAUUCCGCUGGCAAAAUGCUCAUUGUCACAUAAUCAGUAUCUGUAUAGGGUAAAAAAAAGUGUCCUAGAUAGCAAUGCAGUAGGUCUGGUAGCAGUUACAAUUCUUGUACUAUACCUGCCUACCGACAUUUACAGUAUGCACAUUACGAGAGCGAGCUCAGUACAGGGCUCAUUAUCACUUACAAUUUCAGUUUAUGGAGCUCAUGUAUUUUGUAAACCCAAGGCUUUUACAAGAUUUCUAUGUAUCUUCUAAGCUGGUUAUACUAUAAGAUGGGCGUCUAUUUUGGUUAAAUCAGCUGACAAUCUAAUGUAUAUAGAGGCAGCCCCACAUUUCUCCGAUGCCUGGGGAGAAUGAUUGUUGCUUGUUAAAUUCCAUAAAAUGUACAGUCAUGGCUGUAAAUGUUGGCACCCCUGAAAUUUUUCCAGAAAAUUAAGUAUUUCUCACAGAAAUGGAUUGCAGUAACACUAUUUGCUAUACACAUGUUUAUUCCUUUUGUGUGUAUUGGAACUAAACCAAAAAGGAGCAAAAAAGCUAAUUGGACAUAAUGUCAUACCAAACUCCAAAAAUGGGCUGGACAAAAUUAUUAGCACCCUUAACUUAAUAUGUUUGCACACCCUUUGGAAAAAAAAAUUACUGAAAUCAGUCGCUUCCUAUAACCAUCAAUAAGCUUCUUACACCUCUCAGCCGGAAUGUUGGACCACUCUUCCUUUGUAAAUUGCUCCAGGUCUCUCUUAUUGGAAGACCUUUUCCCAACAGCAAUUUUAACAUCUCUCCACAAGUGUUCAAUGGGAUUUAGAUCUGGACUCAUUGCUGGCCACUUCAGAACUCUCCAGCGCUUUGUUGCCAUCCAUUUCUGGGUGCUUUUUGACGCAUGUUUGGGGUCAUUACCUGCUGGAAGACCAAGGCCUCGUACGCAAACGCCAGCUUUCUGACACUGGGCUGUACAGUGUGACCCAAAAUCCAUUGGCAAGCCUCAGAUUUCAUAAUGCCUUGCACACAUUCAAGGCACCUAGUGCCAGAGGCAGCAAAACAACCCCAAAACAUCAUUGAACCUCCACCAUAGUUCACUGUAGGUACUGUGUUCUUUUCUUUGUAGGCCUCAUUCCGUUUUCGGUAAACAGUAGAAUGAUGUGCUUUACCAAAAAGCUCUAUCUUGGUCUAAUCUGUCCACAAGACGUUUUCCCAGAAGGAUUUUGACUUAAGUUAAUUUUGGCAAAAUGUAGUCUGUCUUUUUGUUGUUUGUGUCAGCAGUGGGGUCCUCCUGGGUCUCCUGCCAUAGCGUUUCAUUUCAUUUAAAUGUUGAUGGAUAGUUUGCACUGACACUGAUGCUCCCUGAACCUGCAGGACGGCUUGAAUAUCCUUGGAACUUGUUUGGGGCUGCUCAUCCACCAUCCGGACUAUCAUGUGUUGAUGGCUUUUUAUAAAUUUUUCUCUUCAGUCCAUGCCCACGGAGAUUAGCUUCAGUGCCAUGGGUUGCAAUCUUCUUGAUAAUGUUGCGCACUGUGGACAAAGGCAAAUCUAGAUCUCUGGAGAUGGACUUGUAACCUUGAAAUUGUUUAUAUUUGUCCACAAUUUUGGUUCUCAAGUCCCCAGACAGUCCUCUUCUCCUCUUUCUGUUGUCCAUGCUUAGGGUGCGUUCACACAGAGUAAAUGGAGAGUAAUUUGCAGGAAAUUCGCGCGGAAUUGUGCGCGGACAUGGGGGAGAAAGAAGUGAAGGGUUUUUCAGCCAUUUCCGCGCAAAUUGCUCACGAAUUGCGUGCAAAUUCCACGCAAAAACUAUGUCGGGCGGAAUUUUUUUUUACCAUUGACUUCAAUUGAUUUCUGCUAGCGGAUUACGCUUGAAGAAUGAACAUGUUCUUCAAGCGGAACGGAAUUCAGCGUCGGAAUUCUGCUAGCAGAAUUUCCGCAGUGUGAACAGGCCAGCAGAAAUAACAUUAAAGUCAAUGGGCAGAGGAGAUGAGCAUUAAUUUGGAGAGGAGAAUUGAAGAGGAAUUACUCGAGUAAAUUCCUCUUGAAUUACUCUGUGUGAAUGCACCCUUAGUAUGGCACACACAGACACAAUGCAAAGACUAAGUGAACUUCUCUCCUUUUUAUCUGCUUUCAGGUAUGAUUUUUAUAUUGUCCACACCUGUUACUUGCCCCAGGUGAGUUUAAAGGAGCAUCACAUGCUUGAAACAAUCUUAUUUUUCCACAAUUUUGAAAGGGUGCCAAUAACUUUGUCCAGCCCAUUUUUGGAGUUUGGUGUGACAUUAUGUCCUAUUUUGCUUUUUUUCCCUCCUUUUUUGAUUUAGUUCCAAUACACACAAAGGGAGUAAACACGUGUAUAGCAAAACAUGUGUUACUGCAAUACUUUUCUGGAGGAAAUAGUUCAUUUUCUAGAAAAGUUUCAGGGGUGCCAACAUUUACAGCCAUGACUGUAGGUUUGCAAAUGAUGGCAUACUAUGUAAAUGAGCUCUAUAUCUCUUGGGUCAUCUUUUCAAUGACUUUUUAUGAAGCCUUUUCAAAGGUGCCCAAAUACAUGGGAUAACUGUUAGCUGAACAAACAACUUUUAUCUCCUGAUCCCUUCAUACACCGGAAGUGUUCAUGUGUGCUGAAUGGAGGGAGGAGAGUUAAGCUGAUGGCUGAUUCCACUGGCAGCAGAUUGUCUGUCUCUGAAACAAAAGCAUUGGGCAGUUGAAAUCAAACAUGUCUAAUGUCUCUUCCCUGACAUCUGUCUGGGAAGAAUCAGGAGGUCAUCAUACCCAAUAGACAGUCAGCUAAAAGAGGUACUCUGGCCCUAAGACAUCUUAUCCCCUAUCCAAAGGAUAGGGGGGACAAGAUGUCUGUUCGCGGUGGGAAACCCUGCUAUCUCUCAUGCAGCACCUUUCUCAGGCGCACGAAGUGAUGAUGGUUUGGUGUCAGAAGCCUCACAACCGUGAGGCCGGAGUGUCAUGAAGUCACAACUCUCCCCCCUUGCGAUGUCACGCCCCCUCAAUGCAAGCCUAUGGGAGGGGCGUGAUGCCCGUCACUCCUCCUCCCAUAGACUUAAAUUGAGGGGGAGGGGCGUGAUGGCACAAGGGGACGGUGUUGUGACUUCACGAUACUCUGGCCCCGUGGUCGUGAGGCUUCAAACACCAAACCAUCAUCACUUCGUGCAGCUGAGACAGGUGCUGCAUGAGAGAUUGCGGGGUUCCCCAACAGCAGGACCCCUACAAACAGACAUCUUAUCCCCUAUCCUUUUGGGAAAGGGGAUAAGAUGUCUCAGUUUUGGCAGGUUAAAGGGGUACUCCAGCACCAACAGGUUGGGACAAAUUAUUUUCUAACUUCUUUGAGGGGCCUUUAGGCAGGCAUCAUUGAAGUAUCUGGAAAAUGUGAGUUUGCCAUGUAGUUGGCUUUUACUCAUAUAUGUAGUACUAAUAGAGUACGUGCUUAAGUUAUCAGGUGUAUUUUGUGUACUGGAAGUGUAAAAUAUGACAAUGUUAAUGUAUUUUGUGGUUAUGUUGCAUAUAAAGUUCAUGUGAAUGGAUAAUUAAGACUAUGAUAAAUGCUCUUCUACAUAGGCUUUUGUUUACUAACAAACAUGGAAAAGAAUAAAAGAACCCAUGUUGUCUUUUGUGCAGGUUUUUCUGCAGCUAUUAUGUUUUUCAAUAUUCUCUACUAUAUCUGUAACAGUUGUCCACCUGUCUUGCAUGUGCAUGUAAAAGCCUUCCUAUAUGACGGGAAUAUGUAGCCACCAGUAUGCCCUCAGGUUUCUCACUGCUAGUUCGGGAACAGUUACCAUUCCACUAGUUGUUGCCUGCAGAAAAACACAGGGUGAAAGCAGUUCAUGUUUAAUUUUUGUACAGUGUUAUAGAUUCCAGAUGUUAAUAUAUAAAAACGAACAUACAUUAACCAUGCAAGAGAACUACAUUCUAAUAGAUUACAUGGCCAUGCUUCUAAACCAAGCAUUUAAGUCAGUUUAUAUGCUGCAAUUAGUGUAGGGUCAGGCAUGUCUUAUUUUGCUGCAUAUUUUCUGCAGCUGAUUUUGCUACCCAUUGACUUUAAUGUGUAGGAAAAUACACAGCAGCACAUAUGCAACAAAAUACAGCAUGUGUGACCCUACCCUUGCAAUAUUUUGAUGGGAAAACAAAAUGUUUCAACAAGGUGCAACGCAAUCUGUCAUACGUGUCCAAUUAUGCAUCUUAUUUCACUCUUUUACAAUGAUUCUGCUUUAAAAAUCCACAAAGUCUAAACCUAAUUUAUGCUGUGGAAAUAAAAAGGCAGUGGUAUAAAAAAAAAUCUGUGACCUGUGAAUAGAGUUCAGAAACUGCUAAUUUAGCAACAGGUCUUCUACAUUUGAAUGUGAAAUUAGACUUUUUUUUAUUUAUUUUUUAUCUUAAAGAUAAAACCAAGAGUUGAACCUACAAAGAAAUACAAUAAUGAAAAGAUUUUGCACCUCUUUUUAUUAUUUUGAACCCACUUCUAGUAUUUGCUUACAAAUACCAUAUUACGUCUGUGACCGUUAGAAAGAUUCUUGAUCUGGUUUCUGUUACUCUUGUGUUCAAACCUCUGCGUUGUGCAUUUUAUAUACAAAUCAUGUAUUCCAAAGCUUCCACUGGGUCAAAUUUUUGUGUUUUCUAAAGUAAGAAAUAAAGUAAAUUUAACAAGC